GGCUUGGAUGCCCCCAGCCAGAUCGAAGUGAAAGACAUCACAGAUACCACUGCGCUGAUCACCUGGUUCAAGCCCCUGGCUGAGAUCGAUGGCAUUGAGCUUUCCUAUGGCAUCAAGGACGUGCCGGGGGACCGCACCACCAUCGAUCUCACACACGAUGAGAAUCAGUACUCCAUUGGGAACCUGAGACCUGACACUGAGUACGAGGUGUCCCUGACCUCCCGCAGGGUGGACAUGGCCAGCAACCCUGCCAAGGAGACCUUCACCACAGGCCUAGAUGCUCCCAGGAAUCUCCGCCGUGUCUCCCAGACAGACAAUAGCAUCACCUUGGAGUGGAGAAACGUCAAAGCUGACAUUGACAGUUACAGAAUUAAGUAUGCACCCAUCUCUGGAGGUGACCAUGCUGAAAUUGAUGUUCCAAAGAGCCAGCAAGCCACAACUAAAACCACACUCACAGGUCUGAGGCCAGGAACUGAAUAUGGGAUUGGGGUUUCCGCUGUGAAGGGAGACAAGGAGAGCGACCCAGCAACCAUCAAUGCGGCCACAGGUAAGGUACAUGAGGUCUCCCACCACUGUUGA